AUGUCUCGCCUCGUGAGCGACGCACACCGCCGGUGCUUCGAACUGGAGCGCGUCAUAGCCAGCCGCGCCCGCUCGGGGCACCUCGGCCUCGACGACGUGCUCAAGCUAUUUGAUGAAUUGCUUCCGCACGCCAGGCCUGCCUCGGUUACCGCCUUCAACCAGAUUCUCACCGCUGUCUCUCGUGCCUCGGGCCGGCGCUCCUCCUCCACCUCAGACUCAGAGCUGGUCGUCUCUCUCUUCAACCGGAUGAUCCGUGAAUGCUCCACCAAGGUGACUCCCAACCUUUGCACCUACAGCAUCCUCAUCGGCUGUUUCUGCCGCAUGGGCCACCUGGAGCAUGGCUUCACCGCCUUUGGUCUCAUCCUUAAGACGGGCUGGAGGGUGAAUGGCAUAGUCAUCAAUCAACUGCUCAAAGGUCUCUGUGACGAAAAGAGGGUGAGUGAGGCCAUGGAUGUUUUGCUCCAACGAAUGCCUGAGCAUGGUUGCACACCGAAUGUGGUUUCAUACAACAUACUCCUCAAGGGUUUCUGCAAUGAAAAGAAAGCUGAGGAGGCACUUGAGCUGCUGUGUAUGAUGGCUAAUGAUCAAGUGGACAGAGCUUACAACCUGUUUCUUGAAAUGAUGGAUCGGGGGAUUCUACCUGAUGUUGUGACAUACACCACAGUAAUUGAUGGCCUAUGUAAAGCUCAAGUGGUUGAUAAGGCUGAAGGUGUCUUUCAGCAGAUGAUUGAUAAAGGUGUUAAGCCAGACAAUGGCACAUAUAACUGUCUGAUCCAUGGAUACCUCUCUAUAGGACACUGGAAAGAGGUGGUUCGACUGCUCAAAGAAAUGUCUACACAUGCAAAUGGUAUUUCACCUAAUCAUCACAUCUUCAACAUAGUGUUCUGUGCAUAUGCUAAAUGUGGUAUGAUAGAUAAGGCAAUGGAUAUUUUUAACAAAAUGAGGCAACAUGGGUUGAGUCCUAAUGCAGUAAGCUACGGAGCACUAAUAGAUGUACUAUGCAAGUUAGGCAGGGUGGAUGACACUGAGGUCAAAUUCGAUCAGAUGAUCAAUGAAGGAGUGACUCCUAACAUCGUUGUUUUGAGCUCCCUAGUUUAUGGACUGUGCACCGUUAACAAAUGGGAGAAGGCUGAGGAAUUAUUUUUUGAAAUGUUGGAUCAAGGAAUCCGUCCUAAUGUGGUGUUCUUAAACACAUUAAUUUGUAACUUAUGCAAUGUAGGACGGGUUGUGGAAGCCCAAAGGCUCAUUGACUUGAUGGAACAUGUAGGCGUAAGGCCGAAUGCUUUCUCAUAUAAUCCGUUAAUAUAUGGUUACUGCUUAGUUGGAAGGAUGGAUGAAGCCAAGAAGAGCCUGUGUUCUAAGGAUCUUCAACUUGACAUUAUUACUUUCAACAUUAUGAUUGGUGCUUUGCUCAAAGGUGGCAGAAAGGAAGAUGCCAUGGAUUUGUUCGCUGCUAUCCCUGCUAAUGGUUUGGUUCCAGAUUACCGCUUAGUUGUAGAAAAUCUCAUAGAAGAAGGGUCACUAGAGGAGUUUGAUAGUCUGUUUUCGGCGAUGGAAAACAGUGGCUGUGUUCCAAACUCACAAAUGCUAAAUUCUUUAGUUAGGAGGUUGUUGCAUAGAGGUGACAUAAGCAGGGCUGGGGCUUACCUCUACAAACUUGAUGAGAAGAAUUUCUCACUUGAGGCUUCCACUACUUCUGUGCUUAUAUCACUUUUCUCGAGGGAGGAAUAUCAGCACCAAGCAAAGUCCCUGCCUGAAAGGCGAAUACCACCAGCUCCUGAGCUGCUCCAUCUAGAAAAGAGGCAGCGGAAGCCUCCUCUGGUUCUCACUGGCUUCAUAUUGAAGCUGGCCACCGGCAACAGGAAGGGAGGUCCCGGGUCAGAGCUCACAAGUCAACCGUUGGGUCGCCUCACCUGGGUCACCUCUCAAUCUGGUGGCAAAAUUUGGAUCCAAGGACUACGAGUACCCGGUCACAGCAUGGACUCUGGACAUGGUAACACGACCGACGAGGGAACAAGGGUUAUUGACAAGUUGGGCAAAGAAGAAGCCGUGAAGACGAUGCAUUCCCAGGAAAAUCAUCUCAAGGAGCUCCAAGCUACCAUUACAGACUUAAAAGCUGAAAUCACCGAGCUCAAGAUUGCAUUGGAAUCAGCUCGUUCUCAAGGAAAGGUGUAG